GGCGCCGGGGCGGGGCCUCAGCGAGCAGCUCCGGCGACCAGGCUGGGUCCGAGCAUCCCGCGGCUCCGGACGGUCCGGCCCGGACAUGGCGACCGUCCGGGCUUCCCCGCGAGUUGCGCUGCUGCUUCUCCUGGCCGUUGCAGGGGUCGCGGAGGUGGCAGGGGGCCUGGCUCCGGGCAGUGCGGGUGCAUUGUGUUGUAAUCAUUCAAAGGAUAACCAAAUGUGCCGUGAUGUAUGUGAACAGAUAUUCUCCUCAAAAAGUGAAUCCCGACUAAAACAUCUGUUGCAACGAGCGCCAGAUUAUUGCCCUGAAACAAUGGUUGAAAUUUGGAGUUGUAUGAAUUCAUCUUUGCCAGGUGUGUUUAAGAAGUCUGAUGGCUGGGUUGGCUUAGGCUGUUGUGAACUGGCUAUUACCUUGGAGUGUCGACAGGCAUGCAAGCAGGCGUCUUCAAAAAAUGAUAUUUCCAAAGUUUGCAGAAAAGAAUAUGAGAAUGCUCUUUUCAGUUGCAUUAGCAGAAAUGAAAUGGGCUCAGUUUGUUGCAGUUAUGCAGGCCACCACACAAACUGCCGAGAAUACUGUCAAGCCAUUUUUCGAACAGACUCGUCUCCUGGUCCAUCUCAGAUCAAAGCAGUGGAAAAUUAUUGUGCCUCUAUUAGUCCACAAUUAAUACACUGUGUGAACAAUUAUACCCAAUCUUAUCCAAUGAGAAAUCCAACAGAUAGUUUAUAUUGCUGUGACAGAGCGGAAGAUCAUGCUUGCCAAAAUGCCUGCAAGAGAAUUCUGAUGUCUAAGAAAACAGAGAUGGAGAUUGUUGAUGGCCUCAUCGAGGGUUGUAAGACGCAGCCCUUGCCUCAGGAUCCUCUUUGGCAGUGUUUUCUUGAAAGCUCACAGUCUGUUCAUCCUGGAGUCACUCUACACCCUCCUCCCUCUACAGGCCUUGAUGGGGCUAAAUUGCAUUGUUGUUCUAAAGCAAACACUUCAACAUGUAGGGAACUGUGCACUAAACUUUAUAGCAUGAGCUGGGGCAAUACACAGAGUUGGCAAGAGUUCGAUCGCUUUUGUGAAUAUAAUCCAGUGGAAGUGUCCAUGUUGACCUGUUUAGCAGAUGUUCGGGAACCUUGCCAGUUAGGCUGCAGAAAUCUUACUUACUGUACUAAUUUUAACAACAGGCCAACAGAACUUUUCAGGAGUUGUAAUGCCCAGUCAGACCAAGGAGCCAUGAACGACAUGAAGCUAUGGGAAAAAGGAAGCAUAAAGAUGCCAUUCAUCAACAUACCUGUUCUUGACAUUAAAAAGUGCCAGCCAGAAAUGUGGAAAGCAAUAGCUUGUGCACUACAGAUUAAACCUUGUCAUAGUAAAUCCCGGGGAAGUGUCAUUUGCAAAUCAGAUUGUGUGGAGAUUCUCAAGAGAUGUGGGGACCAGAACAAGUUCCCUGAAGACCACACAGCAGAAAGUAUUUGUGAGCUUCUAUCACCUACAGAUGACCUGGAGAAUUGUAUACCUUUGGAUACAUACCUCAGGCCAAGUACUUUAGGUAACAUUGUAGAAGAGGUGACUCAUCCUUGUAACCCUAAUCCUUGCCCCGCUAAUGAGCUCUGUGAGGUCAACAGGAAAGGCUGUCCUUCUGGAGAUCCCUGCCUUCCAUACUCUUGUGUUCAAGGUUGCAAAUUGGGAGAAGCCUCUGAUUUCAUUGUCCGUCAAGGGACAUUAAUCCAGGUGCCAUCAUCUGCAGGAGAAGUUGGUUGUUAUAAAAUUUGCUCAUGUGGACAUAGUGGACUUUUAGAAAACUGCAUGGAGAUGCACUGUAUAGACCUUCAGAAGUCUUGUAUUGUUGGAGGAAAAAGAAAAAGUCAUGGAACAUCCUUUAAUAUUGACUGCAAUGUCUGUUCUUGUUUUGCUGGCAAUUUGGUGUGUUCUACCCGCCUGUGCCUCAGUGAGCACAGUUCAGAAGAUGACCGUCGCACCUUCACAGGUCUGCCCUGUAACUGUGCAGAUCAGUUUGUCCCCGUGUGUGGGCAGAAUGGACGCACUUAUCCCAGUGCUUGCAUUGCUCGCUGUGUGGGCCUCCAAGACCAUCAGUUUGAGUUUGGAUCGUGCAUCUCAAAGGAUCCGUGUAAUUCUAACCCCUGCUCAAAAAACCAAAGAUGCAUACCCAGACCACAAGUCUGCCUGACAACUUUUGAUAAAUUUGGAUGUAGCCAAUACGAGUGUUUGCCAAGACAGCUCACCUGUGAUCUGGUCCGUGAUCCUGUUUGUGACACAAACCACAUGGAGCACAGCAAUCUCUGUACUUUGUACCAGAGAGGGAAAAGCCUCUUAUACAAAGGCCCAUGCCAGCCCUUCUGCAGAGCCUCAGAGCCCAUCUGUGGACACAAUGGGGAGACCUACAGUAGCGUGUGUGCUGCCUACUCAGAUCGUGUGGCAGUCGAUUACUACGGGCCCUGCCAGGCCGUCGGGGUCCUCUCGGAGUACAGUUCUGUCGCAGAGUGUGCUGCUGUGAAGUGUCCUUUGCUCUCAGCAGCUGAGUGCAAACCCAUCAUCCCACCUGGUGCAUGUUGCCCAUUAUGUGCUGGGAUGUUAAGAGUUUUAUAUGACAAAGAAAAACUGGAUACUAUUGCAAAGGUAACAAACAAAAAGCCAAUAACAGUUCUAGAAAUACUUCAGAAAAUUCGUACACAUGUGUCUGUCCCACAGUGUGAUGUAUUUGGAUAUUUCAGCAUUGAAUCAGAAAUUGUGAUCCUGAUCAUUCCUGUCGAUCAUUAUCCAAAAGCUUUGCAGAUUGAGGCCUGCAAUAAAGAAGCAGAGAAGAUCGAAUCCCUUAUCAACUCGGACAGCCCUACUCUGGCGUCUCAUGUCCCUCUCUCUGCCCUCAUCAUUUCCCAGGUUCAGGUUUCCAGCAGUGUGCCAUCGGCCGGCACUGGGGCCAGACCUCCCUACCAUUCUCGCCUCGUCCUCCUCAGCCUGGGCCUUGCCUUGCACAUGGUCUGGACACGUAACUGACCACCCAUGAAAAGUGCAAACUGUCCCUCAAUCUAAUUUUUCUUCCUUGCGAAAGACAUGCAGGACUGCUGGUUCGUAAUUGAAUAGGGGCCAAGUAAAAGCACUUGUCACCUCACCACACAGUAUUUUUUUAAUCUGCUAAUAUUAGUAGGGUUUUUGUUUUGUUUUUACAAAUGUUAAAAUACGUUCUUCCAAAUACUAAUGAAAAGAGGAUAUUUCCUUCUGGAGGAGUCACUGCCUUGCAAUUUCCCUUUUGCUCAUUAGAUGGUUCCCUCACUCAAACAUAUUCAAUAUCACCGAUAAAUGUGAUGGUCACUUUUUAGAAAGAUAACUCAUUUUUACUAUGGGCUUCGUAUUACAGAAACUUCAUUUCAGAGUUCCUAGAAGUAUUAAGGGGCCCCUAGUGUGUGUGUUUGUUUACAGAUAAUUAUACCUACUCUGUCUAGAAGUGAUGGGUCACAGUGAAGAGCCACUGCCAUUAGAAUAUGAAAUAGAGAUAAAGCAUCUUUGGAAUUAUCAUGUGGAUCAUCAGGCAAAUUUAACUUAAAAGAAAUUUAAUUUAGGAACCCAUCUAAUGUAUUAAGCAAAAGCAAGCUAACUGAGUGGCACUCUGAUAUACUGUGAUGGUCUCAGUGGUUACAAACGUGUCUGUGACUUUUGUGAAAGGGAGAAGUUAUAUCACAUCAAAACAUCUUGCAUUGUGCAUCUUUAUAUUAACCAGAUAUAUAUUCGGUAUUCAUCCGAGUUAAAAUCAACCUUUAAACCAAUUGCUGCUACUGAUAUAAUUGCCAAAAAGUGAAAUAAUUAGUAGUUCAUGUAAAUAAUACAUGAUUUUUCUAUUUUAUUAUGAAGAAGGUGAAUAGCCAUAUUUGUAAAGUGACAAUCAUGUGUUUUAACCCAGUACUUUCCGUUCAUGAAGAUACAUUUGCUUUUUGUGACAUGCACAUUGUAGAUAAGUGUUCUGUCUGACUUUCUUUUCUGAUACAGAAUUAUAAAGAGUAUGGUUUAUAUAUUUAAAAAUGUCAAUCUAAGUAUUAAAAUGUUUGCAUGUUGUCUAAGAAAUUGAAUACUUUGAAUGUGUUUUCACAGUUUGAAAUAAGCUAUUCAGUAUAAUACUUCUUGUUCGUAUGCACCUAAACUUAGAUUUUACAUGAAGUAUUUUUUUUUCAGUAUUAUAUGUACCCUCUGAAAUAUAUAAGAAUAUGCUUAUUAAACCAAAAUGUUGUUUAAAAGUGAGCACUUAAGCUUUCAGAAUAUCUCAAUGUUGAUGUAGCAUGUUUGUUGCAAUUCCUUUGUCUAUAUAAAUGUCUUCAAUGCAAUAUACUGGAAAGCUUUUCUAUUUUAAUAAAAAUAAUUUUUAUAUGGUUA